AUGGGGCCUCAUAACAACUGCUACGGAAUAAAGGUUAGUCAGUCUAAUUCUGGUUAUGUUAAGAAAGACGCUUACGGGAAGCCCUUCAAUUUCGAGGAGCUCAAGAAGGACUACUUUAUAUAUAGGACUAAGCGCGGUGUGGCCGUCGACGAACGACGUGCCGUCGCUCUGGAUUACGAGAUAGGCGAGAGUGAGCUUAUUCAAAUAGCUAUAAUUAACUUCUUCACCGGAGAGAUCCUCGUGGAUUCCUUAGUCUGGCCCGAUGUUAAGAUGAGAUAUCUAUUAAGCCGCCACUUAGGCGUCACCUAG